AUGAUGCUCUUGUUAAUGUUGCUCCUUUUCACUCUUUGUCAUAUUGCUACUGCUGGCUCAGUAUCCUUUGGAGAUCUGACCUUGAACCUCGACCUGGAUCGUCGAGGUAUUGCUUUGUCCACGGAACCUCCGGUGGAUCAGUCCCUACUGGCAAUUCAGAUAGGAGGCAUUGUUGGAGCAUACGUGAUCUUCGUUGCCAUACUUUUGACUUUGUUACUCUUCGUGGGACGACGACUGCGAAGGGCGGUACAAGCAUCCAACUACACUCUACAAGUUGAGAUGAUGAAACCCAGCAAACAAGCCGUUAGCAUGGAUCCCAGUCCUAUCACCCCAAUCUCAGCUCGUCUUCCAAGUCCAACCGGACAAAACGGCUUCAGCAGGUCCUGGGGCAGCUUGGCUAACGGUCCAAGAUCCCACGUCUCCGGCAAUGGCAGCGCUGCUACGAUUGAUGAAUCCAUUGUUGCCAUCGAUCGGCGCAGGGCUCAAGAGGAAAUGGAAAUGCUCUAUGCGGCAGUUAUGGAGCACGAUGCACAGCGUGCGGCCGGGAUAGAUACCUCGAAGCAAGAGUGGGAAGUUCAAUCGCCAGACAGUGUGCACACCAAUCCGUUCACAGAUCGUUCAUCGCGGACUUCAGAAAGGCCCUCGAUCUCGCAGAUGAAGCCCCCCGUGAGCCCAAAGAGCUCGAGGUUAUCGAAGAUAUCGUCCCUGUCCCUGUUCAAUUCAAACCCGCGUCCGCAGUCAAAAGCGGGCAAGCUUCGGUCUCCUCGACUGCCUCUACGCAAUCUGUCCAUUUCCUCACCUGUGGGCUCUCCUGAUUUAACCGCACCGAACUCUUAUGGCGAGGAACAAAUGCCGUUGACCCCUCGCCUCUACAACCCGGCUCCUCCGCCAGCACCCCCAAUAACAAUCAGUCAGGCAUCUAGUCAAGUGUCUCUAGGGAAGCCCCCUGGACGAGCUCCUGCCCCAGCUCCCCUGAGCCUUUCUACAGCGGGCCACGGCUCGUCUUCUCUCCCAUUCCGUGACGCAUUUCCCUUGCAGAGUGCUCCUCCGACCAAGACGACGGUCAUAGAACGUCCCUUAAAACCACUAAACGGUCCCCGAACGGGAUUGCCGACACCGUACAGUCCAUAUAUGCCUUUCACCCCUGUUACGCCCCUCACACCCAGCCGUAUCGUGACCAAGCGGCAGCGCAAGCGAGAGACUAAGGAGAACGGCUUGCGGGUCUUGAAUGAAGAUGACAUAGUCAAGGACGACGGGGAUAUGUGGGGAUACUGA